CCCGCCAGCUACCGCAUCAAUCAUUUGACAACAUCCGAUACGGUCAAUCAACACGUCCGAAACAAUGUCUUCCGCCGCGUCUCCCCGAUUCUGGGCCGGGCCCAUUCGAUACUGCCGCUGGGCGUCCCGCGAGAAGCCCGCCUACUUUUGGUCCGUCGUCCUCGGCGCCCUCGGCCCUGUCCAGCUGGCCCUCGUCCCUCCUAUCAGAAACUACCUCGGCGACUACAACGCGCCGCCCAUCCCCGUCACAUACCCUGUUCCUUCGGCACCCAGGAAGCAGCUGUCGGGCUACGACGAUGAAUGAGCACUUCACACUUCAACCCGGAGGUCGAAAAAUUAGCAAGGGUGCUUUGUAAAUACGACGGCGUUUGGGCUUCUA